AUGUCUUUAAAGCUUAAAGAGAUAUUAAUAUUUAUUAUUUUUCAGAUUCUUGCGAUAAAGUUUGAACCAUCCAUUAAAGAAACUUCACAUAAAGGGGCAGAACCAAAAUUAAAGCGUGAAAUAUAUGAAAUUAUAAGUUCCGCAAAUUUCUGGACUAACAUUCAACAUUCUGUAGAAUUAACUAAUGCUAACACUGAUAUUGAAAUAUGUGAUUCUGAUAGUGUAAAUAGUUCAAAUUCAGAAGAUGAUAAAUCUCUGAAAAAUAGAGAAAUAAUUGAACCUUCAGAAAAUAGAGAAAUAGCUGAAUAUUUAGAUGAUGAAGCGGAUAACAAGCAUAUGAACGUUGAAGAUUUUGAUGAUUAUCUACAAGAGUGGGUAGAAAUGUUAGAAGAAGAAAGACAGCGAUUUGAAGGAGAAAAUAUAGAGGAUGAAGAGGAGCUUUCUCUAGAUGAUAUAGCUCAUCCCGCAAUUGAUACUAAUGCGAAAUGGGAAUUGGCUACCCUCUUCAAGAAAUUAGACCUAAAAAAUAUUUUUUAA